AUGUCUGCCCAAGAAGAAUUCAACCAGCUGGUGAACAACCGCCCACACUACACCUCUCACCCGGAGGACCGCGACUCCGACCCCCACUACUCCGACGAAGAACCUCUGAACAAGCACAACGGCGACUCCUCCGACGAAGACGAAAACAUGGUCUCCUCCCGGGCUCCCAACUACCACGUCCCCAACACCGUCUACGACGCCAACACCGGCCCCAAGGGCGUCAUCGCGGAUGCCCAGGCCUUCGAGCGCGCCCGCAAGAAGUCCUUCCGCCGUACCCUGCUCAACGCAGCGGGUAUCAACCACGGCCCGUCGUUCAAUUCCAAGUCUACUCGGGAUGAGUCACCGGCGGGUGAUUCCUCUUCGAGUGAUGAUGACGACGAAGCCCGCUUCAUGAAUAAGUGGCGCGCGUCUCGCAUGCACGAAUUGCAGAAUCAUAAUAAGCGCCGCCCUAGUCCGCGGGGUAGACGGUUCGGCUCGGUUGACACCGUUGAUGCGGUGGGGUAUCUCGAUGCCAUUGAGAAGGUCACUUCCGAUACAGUGGUUGUGGUUUGCAUCUUUGAUCCGAAGUUCGAUGAUAGUGCCAUUGUUGAGGAAUGCCUCGUUACAAUUGCCCGUCGACAGCCCACGACCCGCUUUGUGAAGAUGCAUCAAGAUAUCGCUGAGAUGGACCACAUCAAGGCUCCGGCUCUGCUGGCCUACCGGGGUGGUGAUGUCUUCGCGACCAUCGUCGAUGUGUUGCGUAGCAUCCCUCGUGGACGCAGUUGCAGCGCCGAUAGUUUGGAAGAUCUGUUGAAAUUGUGUGUAUCCCCCAUUCUGGUUGCCUUCCAGUCACUAACCUGUCCAGGCACCGUGUGCUAUAAUAUACAAUUCGAUAUUCGCUUUCUUUUGUUUCAUGUUGUGCAACGGUAG